AUGGCAAUGAUGGGGUCAUCGGCCUGGAACGGGCAACCCAGCGCCGUCGAUGACGAUUUUCAGCAGUACCUCGAGAUGAACGGGAUGGAAGGUCUGGCCGAGGGGUUGAAUUUUGAUUUCCAGGAUUUUGCUGCCGACUUUCAGGGCGCAGGAAACAAUGGCGGCGCAAUUCUCCAGUCCCAGCAGGCCCAGGAGCGCCAGCUCCAGCACCAACAGCAGAUGGACACACCCAUGACCGGCACCGAGAUGCCCAGGCUCAUGUCGUCAACUGCGGAGCUGUCGCAGCUGCCGCAGUCGGCGAUGCACUCUCAUCUCGCCCAACUGACCUCUGUGGCAGCUCCAGGCCCCGCUCACACGACGGCUCCUGGGCUGGUCAUUGUUCCCAAUGCCGGCAUGGUGCCGACACCGACGACGCAACCACCGCCAACGCCGAGCGAGGCCAUUAAUGAUAUUGAUGCCAAGAUACAGUUCUUGCAGCAUCAGAGGAUACAACAACAACAACGUCAACUCGAGGAGCAGCAAGUCGCAUUCUUUGCUCAACAGAGCCGCCUGAUACCUCCCACACCGCAGAGCCUCGAGCUUCAGGCUGGAAGUCGCUAUUACGUCGCUCCUGACCAGACGCCACAGCAGGGUAUAUACGACAGGUACCAACGGCUGGCCGAUCAACAGGAUACUCUUGAGCAGAUGUCAUUCACGCCUCUUGUUUCGCCGGCUGUAACACCUUUAGAAACACACUUUUCGAUGGAUUCGCAAUUCACUAUCCCGGGGGCGUACUUUAGCCCCCUCGCGUCACCAGCACUUCAUGCGCAGCAUGAAAACCCGCAAACCGUCUAUGAUAGCGCCAGCUCAGGGAAGAACAGCUCGCCGGCUGCCGAGAUGGACCUUCCAACACCGACGGCCACCAAGGUAACCCCAAACUCAUUACCAAACGAAUUGGCAAAGAAAGCGGCCCCUAGAAAAAGCACCGCUUCCAAGGUCAGGGGGAAGGGGAGUGUCCGACAGUCACCCAUUUCCAAGCCGCUGAAGAAAAAAUCCCAGACGACGCCCAACAUGAAUGCGCAGGCUCUGAGCGAACUUGCCGAAUCGUUGCAACCCAGCCAGGAUUUCCAACACCACCUUUUACCGCCACCCGCGCCGCAAGGACACAGCGGGUCGCCUGUCGGCCUCACGGACUCGGAAAACGGAUCGGUUUCUCCAGAGACCUUAUCUGAGAUGCCGCCUCCGCCCGUGCCGAAGCAGCGCUCGGCUCGCCCUUCGUCCCACACAGAGCCGCAAGCGGCUGUGGCAAAUCCCAUGUUGCAGACCCUGCAGGGCAAGAUGUCGCCCGCAACGCCAGCGUCACUGAUGAAGCUCACAUCACCCAGCAACAGCAUGGGCGCUACACCAACGAGCCACGCGACAGUUUCCCAAGAGGCGAUCGAGAAUUUUGAACUUCCGGAAUCAGUCAACUUUCAGCAGCAGAGCAACAAAACCCCCCAAACGGUUACAAAGAGCCCGGCACAAUCUCCAUUCCUAGGCCCCUCUGCGACUUCAUCAACAACUCCAUCAUUGCAGCCUUUGCCGAGUUCAGGCUUCGUCAAACCCAGGACAGCAGCCUCGGCAACACAGAGUCCGUUACUGACAGGUCAGCAACAAGGAUGGGGGAGCAGUUCGGCUACGGGCACACCGGUUUUGGCAGCAGGAGCAGCCCGGAAGACGCCACAGAUGGGGCCGCGAAACAGCAAGAAGCGACCCAGCGUCAGUUCUUCGCACGUAUCACCAGCGCUGCGGCCGCGGAUAUCGCCGAGCAUCAAGCCACUGCUGCCUGGGGGUAGCAGCGGGGCCGAAGACGUGGCAUCGCAGUUGCUCCGAUCAAAAUCGAACUACCAAAACAUUCUGGAGGGCAACAGCGUGCCGGGCGUGUCGUACCCGAGCGAGCUGUCAACAAACCUUACGUCAAAACGAACUUCGCACAAAAUCGCCGAGCAAGGCAGACGGAACAGGAUCAACUCGGCGCUGCAGGAGAUAGCGACGUUAUUACCACCGGCCGUGUCUGCCAAGGUAGACGAUGACGGCGACGCAGGCGGGGACGGGGGCAAAAAGGGCGACAAGCAAGGCGGGGGAGGGCCGAACAGCAAGGCCAGCACGGUAGAGAUGGCGAUCGAGUACAUCAAGAUGCUCAGGAAGGAGGUUGCCGAGGCCAACAAGAGAGCCGAUGAGGCGGAGAGGAAACUGAAGCUGCAGUCCGGCCAAACCAAGGACGAAGAGUCGGCAGCAGCCCCGGAAGUUGUCGCAAGUGGUGACGCGGAUGAGAAUGAGGUUGAGAUGAGAAAUGCAGUCGAUGGAGAGAAGCAAGACAAAGCAGUGGAGGCAUAG